AUGGCCACAUCCAAAACCACCACGAUCAUCACCACCCAGCCCUACCAUCCAUCACUCCCUUCAACACCCACCAGCCCAUCCUUAAUCGCUGGCCCAAGCAAUACACACCACAACUACACAUCCGACAUCCACGAUGAAGAAUCUCCACCCCAAACAGCCUUCUCCAUCAUCGAACCCCCAGCCCAACUCUCCGCCAUAACAACCCACACCACCCACAUCCGGUCCCACGACACCGAAGAAACCUUCCCAGACGGCGGAACCCGCUCCUGGCUCGUCGUUCUAGGCUCCUUCUUCCUCCUCAUGGCCAGCUACGGCAUGAUGAAUUCCACCGGCGUCCUCCAAAACUACUUCGCCACCCACCAAUUAUCCACAUACUCCACCAGCGCCGUCGGCUGGAUCCCCGGCCUAUUCACAUUCUUCGGCUUAGUCCUUAGUGUCCAGAUCGGACCCAUGUUCGACCGGUACGGUCCAACGGGCAUCCUCAUCGCCGGGUCAGUCUGCUAUAUUGCGGGGCUUUUCAUUCUCGCUGAGUGCAAGCUGUACUGGCAUUUUAUGCUCACGCUGGGCGUGGUGAUGGGAUCCGGCGCUGCAUUGCUGAGUACCGCUGCGAUGGCGGCGGUGCCGCAGUGGUUUGAUAGACGGGUUGGGCUGGCGAUGGGGGCGGCGUUUACGAAGUUUGGGUAUCGCUGGGCGAUUCGGAUGUUGGCGUUUAUGGUGGCUGUGAUGUGUGGGGUUGGGAUUGGGUUGGUGAGGUCGAGGUUGCCGAGGGGGCAGAGUAAGUCGAGUAUCAAUCUGAGGGCGUUCCGGGAUACGAGGUUUACUUGGUUGACGUUGGGGACUUUUGGAUUGGAGUUGGAAGUUUUCGCGGGACUGGGGUUGUAUCCCACGUAUGUGGUGAUGCAAGGGUUCAGCGUAUCAACCAGUGUGAUUCUUCUCUCCAUUUUGAACGUUUUCUCCACGAUUGGCCGCCUCAUAACCGGGGUCAUCGCUGAUAAAUACGGACGCAUCAACACGCAGACGGGACUCAUCUGCCUCGGCGCCCUCGCCAUCUUCACCAUCUGGCUGCCUUUCGGCCAUACCCUGCCAGGGCUGUACAUCUUCAGCUGCGUGUUUGGACUCGCAUCGGGAUCAUUCUUAAGUCUUGCGCCGGCAUGCAUUGGGCAGAUCUCGAAAGCAAGCGAAGUCGGGGGCCGAUUUGGAAUUUGUUAUUCCAUCGUGAGCUUGGCCACUCUCAUUUGCAUCCCUAUUGGCGGUGAAAUGCUCGAGAAAGUGGGUAGUCGCGCAAUGGUAGCCUACCUGGGGAGCGUAUUAAUAGUCGCCCUGGGUAUGUUUGUAAUGGCUCGUUGGGCGAGUCUGAGCUAUCGAUGGCGAUGGCAGGCCAAAAUAUAG